ACAAAACGAAUAUCGUUUAUUAAUACGGUUAUAGGUGCGAUUUACACUUUUUUAAGUUGAUUUCCAGUUUUUUUAGUUUAGUUUGAGUAUUAGGUUAAUUUCUUUAGGUGCGCAUGGUGAAGUAUAGUGUAGUGUAGUUUAGAAAAGUGUUGUGUAUUGUAGUGUAGUUUAGUACGCAGGGCAGUGUAGAUUUAGUGUAAGGAGAUUAUUUUCGUAACGUACGUUUCGUGUACGUUUUGUGGUUCAAUUUGUUGUUCCUGCGUGGAACGUGUGUUCCUGUGUUCCUGUGUUCCUGUGUUUCUGUGUUCCGGCGUUUUCUUGCAAUUCUGUUUUUGCUACGAUAUGGAGCAUAAUGAGGAAAGUGUGGGCAACGGUUGCCCUAUGAUUGACAUCAUGUCAGCCCCAGUUACAGAACCCUAUCCACAAACCAUGCAGCCCUCCGUAAGUGAUAUCGUCUCACAGAAUCUCACUCCACCGGAAGAAACUCCGAACGAAAAGAAAGCAAGGCUUCAAAGGAAGCGACAGGCGUUGUACAGGGCCAAGAAGCGCCUCCCGGGUGCAGCUCCUACGCUGGCAGCUGUACAGGACGACCAACAGGCUGUACCUUCAACUUUGGCCGGGUCAUCCUUAUCAGCAGCUUCUGCAAUCCUGCAACAACAACAACGAAGGAAUACGGACGACGAAUUGCUCAAUGAAAUCGCUGGACGAUACUCCACCCCACCGGAUGAAACACCACCCGAGAAGAAGGCAAGGCUCGCCAGAAAGCGACAAGCGCUGUACAGGGCCAAGAAGCGCCUCGCGGGAGCAGCUCCUACGGUGGCAGCUGUACAGGACGACCAACAGGCUGUACCGUCUACUUCGGCCGGGACAUCCUUAUCAGGAGCUCCAGCAAUCUUGCAACAACAACAACUACGAAGGAAUAUUGACGAUGAUUUGCUCAAUGAAAUCGCUGGACGGUACUCCACCCCACCGGAUGAAACACCACCCGAGAAGAAGGCAAGGCUCGCCAGAAAGCGACAGGCACUGUACAAUGCCAGGAAGCGCAUGGUGCAAACUCCGAAUGUCGCAACUGUGGUCAACCGCGCCCCAGCACCAGCAUCAGCACCAGUACCAGCACCAGCACCAGCACCAACACCAGCAUUGGUAGACCCAACUGCAGCAGUUGCUAUCCGAGUGCCAAUACAUCAGCAGCUACAAACAUACGUGCGCCAUCUUCGCGACCAUGAAGCAGAUCAGCAGCGACAAUUCAUAGCCCGGCGUCGUAUGACCGGCCAUCUGAGAAUAGCACAUGGGAACCAUGAGUCGUACAGUUGUCCCUCGCUUCAUACGCUUGCACCACGCGUGCCUUGCAAUUUCUGUUCCGCUCUCAAGUGGCCUGGAGAGCCGCCCUCUUAGUGCUGCAACAGUGGACAAGUUGUGCUUCCACCGUUUCCCGAACCGCCAGCAGAGUUGCGCCAACUAUUUGACGUGCCGCAAUUUCUGCUCAACAUCCGGCGAUACAAUAAUGCGUUUGCCUUCACCUCUAUCGGUGCCUCAAUACGAGGAAAUGACCCAGUACGCCAGGAUCUACGAGUCGGUCACGGUGGAAUUUACAACUAUCGCAUACAAGGUGCGCUUUGCCAUCGAAUCGGUUCGCUCGCUGUGCUUCCAGGACGUCCACCAUGCUACGCACAGCUGUACUUUUAUGAUUCAAGCUCGGAGGGUCAGUACGACGAAAUGCUGAACGCUCGGGCCAUAGCAUAUGGUAGUGAGCUGAAUCGUGAAAUAUUGGCCAUUUUGCAACGUGUUUUUUCGACUCACAAUCCGAUUGCAGAGAUGUUUAAGCAUGCGUACGAACCGUUCGGUCGAUACAUUGGUCAACCCGGAGGAACACGAGCAUCUGCAACUUCCUUCCGAAUACUUGAACACACUCAAUGUCAGCGGCAUCCCAGUGCAUCGCUUGCGGCUAAAACGAUUUGCACCAGUACUUUUAUUGCGCAAUCUUAAUUCCGACAUGGGAUUGUGUAACGGUACGCGUUUGCAAAUUGUAGGCCUAAAGCGAAACUGUUUACACGCUAAAAUUCUGACAGGCACGCGGAGAGACGAAGACGUCCUGCUUCCACGGAUCUUCUGUGACAGCAACGAUAAGGGUCACCCGUUCCAGAUCCGCCGUAAACAGUUUCCGGUGCAAGUGUGCUUUGCGAUGACCAUCAACAAGUCGCAAGGGCAAUCGCUUCACCAUUUGGGCCUAUAUCUGCCGCAAGAUGUUUUCGCCCAUGGCCAGCUAUACGUUGCACUCUCGCGGGUGACAUCACGAGCGAACAUUGCUGUGCUGAUACCGAACCCGAAACGCGCUGACGAGGAAGGUGUCUCCACAAGCAACAUCGUCUACCGAGAGGUCGUUGACAGAUGAUUCUUCUACUGAACCAGAGUGUGACGUAAUUACUGAAAACAGAAAAUUAGACAUUACAUAAAUAUAAAUAUCCAUUCUUUCAGUUUGAACCGGCUAUUCACUAACAAUACAUCUACCAGAACCUAGAACAAGACGGCAGCAAAAUACAAACAAUACAUGUGUACAUCUUCCUUGGCUAUCCUUACUGCAUUUUCGUUUCAUGCAGCGCCUGCAACCAAAACGAUCACGUAAACGACGGGACAAUCAAUUGAACUUCCAUGCUGGAAGGUGGAGCUUUACUUCAUGCACCACGUUCCAUGCGCACCUGACUUUGACUGAACACCCCACAUUUCCAGGCUCUCCAGCAAUCUUUCCUUGGAAUGCCAUGAGACUUCCAAUUUCCACGAGGAACGAGGUGGCAUGCUCCAGUUGUUUCUGUGCAGCCUGGAGUUUCCGUGCGUAGCACUGUAACCGGGCCUCUUAAGCUAGUACCUGAUAAAUGAAUAGAAAUAAUACCUAUCGAGCGACUUCAAAAGUAAGGCUUCAGAGCUUGCCAUGAUAUUUAUUCAAAAAUGCAAAAAAAAAAAAUUAAGUCUACCGAUCAAUCGUGCCACUGUAAUUCCAAAUUAAAUGUACUGGGGAAAAAAGAACUGUGUGUGUUACGUUUCAAUGCAACUCUGUUUUAUGUUCACUAAUCGCUAUGAAAAUGCUCCCUAUGAAACCAAUGAAAGGUGUGAGUUUAAUCAAGCAGAAGCACAAUAAACACAUACACUUUAAAAUGCAAA